GCCGGGCCGGGCCGCGAUGGAGCGGAAGAGUGCUUUUCCUUUGGGCCAAGCCUCCCCAGGAAGAGACAGGACUCUGAGUCACUUCAGCCCAAGUGGUAAAAAGUUCCGAAGCAAGCCCCAGCUGGCACGCUACCUGGGGAGCUCGAUGGACCUGAGCACUUUUGACUUCCGCACAGGAAAAAUGUUGAUGAAUAAAAUGAACAAGAACAGACAGAGGAUGCGCUAUGACUGUUCCAACCAAGCCAAAGGCAAGCCUGACUUGAACACAGCACUGCCUGUCAGACAGACAGCCUCCAUAUUCAAACAACCUGUCACAAAGAUCACAAACCAUCCCAGCAAUAAGGUGAAGAGUGAUCCUCAGAAAGCUGUGGACCAGCCCCGGCAGCUCUUCUGGGAGAAGAAAUUAAGUGGACUGAAUGCUUUUGACAUUGCAGAGGAGCUGGUGAAAACAAUGGACCUUCCAAAAGGUUUACAAGGGGUUGGACCUGGUUGCACUGAUGAAACCCUUCUCUCUGCUAUAGCUAGUGCUCUGCACACUAGCACUAUGCCUAUCACCGGACAGCUGUCUGCGGCCGUGGAGAAGAAUCCUGGAGUUUGGCUAAACACCUCGCAGCCACUUUGCAAAGCGUUUAUGGUGACAGAUGAAGAUAUUAGGAAGCAAGAGGAGCUGGUGCAGCAGGUGAGAAAGAGGCUGGAGGAAGCCCUGAUGGCUGACAUGCUUGCCCACGUAGAGGAAAUAGCAAGAGAUGGGGAAGCUCCUUCAGAGAAAGAAGGAGGCGAGGAAGAAGAGGAGGAAGAGGAGGAGGAGGAGCAGGACCAUGACCAGGAGAUGGAGAAUGUAUAGUCCAGGGAGUUCCAUCUAAGAAUUCCCAGUAUAAACCCUAUCAGCAGGGUCAGCACAACUAAUUACAAAGCCAAGAGUGUCUGCGAAGGAAAUUGCACCAACAAUCCAACUGAACCUACGAGCAUGUUGAUGUAUACUUCAGGAAACGUUGAGAAGCUGAUGGUUCAUUAAUUGCUGGGUAGUUUUGAAGAUGGAACUUGACUAAACUCUACUCCCCCUCCUUUUUCUAAAGGGGCAGGGUAAUCGGGAAUGCAAAAGCGGGAGGGAAUAAAGGAAUAUAAAAUGGUGGGAGGGAAAAUACUAGGAACCAAAUUUCCUGUCUUUUUUUUUUGUUGUGGGUCAGUGAUAGGUGAUACGUUUUUAAGCUUUUC